CCUCAUUAGAAGACAAGGCUUGAGAUAUCUUUGAGAUUUUCAAGGUACAAGCACUUUACUGACUCAUGUCGGGCCCCUUUAUUGCCGCAAAAUAAAAGCAUCCAUUCAUCAUAUUUGAAUGAUGCAUCACUCUUCCGAGACCUUUGACCCUGAGUGAUUACGGCAAAUUUCCAUAGAACAGUGCGGUCUUACGAACGGUUGCCGGGUGAUGAUGUUUGGACAGUCUGAGCGACAAAUAUUAUGUCCCAAAGCUUAUUAAAUUUCCGCCAGUGGAGGUGAGAUAGGAGAUAUGUACUUUUUAUGAUUUGUGAGACCGAGACAGUAGCCUGUUGACACGAGUCGCACAGUGAUGGGGAGACUGAGGCAUCAUGUCUGACAGCCGUCAGUAUGUGUCAGAGAGCGGCAUGUCCCACCUUCUACUACCUGUUUACAUCUUCACCUUCCUCAUGGGGGUGCCGGCCAACAUCUUGGCGUUCUACACUUUCUGCCACAAAGUGCGCACCCGGGCGGCGCCCAUCGACGUCCUCCUCCUCAACCUCACCAUUUCCGACCUCAUUUUCUUGGCUUUCCUGCCCUUUAAAAUGAAGGAGGCCUCAGACAAUAUGGCUUGGGUGUUACCCUUCCCGCUUUGUCCUUUUACCGGCUUCAUCUUCUACGGCACCAUCUACAAUAGCACCUUGCUGCUCACCGCCGUGGGUGUGGAGCGCUACUUGGGCGUGGCCUACCCCCUCAGGUACGCCCUGUGCCGCAGGCCCCGCAACGCCGUGGUGGCCUGUGUGCUCUUCUGGGUGGUGACCUCCUUGAACCUCAGCAUUGUCUACAUCAUGCCUUACGCCCAGUGGGGAAACGCAACUGCCAAGCCUCCGUCCACCUGCUACAUGGACUUCACUGAAUCCGAGCUGAAAAUCCUGCUGCCGGUCCGUCUGGAGCUCUUCUUCGUCCUCUUCUGCAUCCCCUUUCUCAUCUGCUGCUUCUGCUACGUCAACUUCAUCCUCAUCUUGUCGCGUCUCCCUAACAUCAGCAGGCGGCGGAGGCUGCGGGCCAUCGGACUUGCCCUCGGCACUCUGGUGGUGUUUGCCGUCUGCUUUGGGCCUUACAACGUCUCCCACGUGGUGGGCUAUGCACGUCAAGAGAGCCAGGAGUGGAGGAACGUGGCGUUGCUCUCAAGCACCCUCAAUGCAUGCCUGGAUCCGUUUAUCUUUUACUUCUCGUCGGCUGCAGUUCGGAGCAUGCUAAAACACUGCUUGAAGAAUGUCGUGGCCAAGCUGCACAUUCUAAGGUGUGGGUGACCUUUUUCUCCCACUUGAGAGGACAAUGUUAGCUUUAUGAAACUAAUUUGAAAGGAAAUUUGUUUUUGUGAGUGAGGGAUUUGCUCAUUAUGUAAUUUACUCAAUCAUAUAUCAUAUGGGGCAGUUUUGUUACGAUAGGAUUGCCUCCGUAUAAAGUUUUAUUGCUUUGAAAAAAAAGAGCACAGCCAACAACAAAUCUGGUGUUUGCCAUCUUUAUGCAGGUUAUGUAAGCCACAAAUGCAAUUAAAUAUGAUGGGGUUGUCUGAAACAAUGCAAAUACUGCAACGUUUAUUGUUAUUAAUCUUAAUUUAAUUGAUUUACACAGGCCAUACCGUCCGUGUCUCUUUCAGUCAUUGGAUAUUUAUUUAUUUGUAAAAAGAUUAAAAAUAGAAAAACGAUUGGUUAUUUGAUUGUACUUUUAAAAUUGAUACAAAAAGAAAUAAACAUUUAAAAUCUAA